GAUGAGAUGGAGCAGUCCCCUGCAAUGCGUUCUGACUACUUGGUCUCAGGGAUUCGAACUCCGCCAGUGAGGAGGAACAGCAAACUGGCGACACUGGGCAGGAUCUUCAAACCAUGGAAGUGGCGGAAAAAGAAAAACGAGAAGCUAAAGCAGACAUCUGCAGUGCUGGAGAAGAAGAUGACAGCACGACAAGGUCGGGAUGAGCUCAUUAAGAAAGGCCUUCUGGAGAUGAUGGAACAAGAUAUCGAAGGCAAAGCCUGCACUGGUGAUGAUGCCACAAGAGCAAUGCAGAGCGACCCUCCAGCUCCUGUGUGCCAGGCACUUGCCUCAGAAGAGGUGCAGCAAGAGAGUACCAUAGCCACAAUGGCUGUGACCUCGCUUGGUGAGGAGCUGCAUUUGAAUGAGCUGAAAGAAGAUGCAGCCAAGAAACCUUCAGCACCCACGGAAGAAUUAGAAGAUGCCAGCCUGCCAGCAUCUGAAGACAGUCCACAAGCCUUACUUGUAUCUGAAUCCACAGAUUCCCCCCAGAAACAGACGGAAAGAAACCCAGCACAGCUUCCCAGCCCUCCGUUGCUCCCAGCUCCACCACCUAAGGCAAUCUCCAAAAUCACAAAGAGUGUAACAGCAGGAAGCGAAAUAGAUGACCCAGCCAUGAAAUCUCCGCCUUCCACCAUCCUGAAGAAUUAUGUCAUUGUUGGUUCCUCCCAAAUCUCAGGACAAGCUGCCCUCUUCCAUCCCUCUGGCCAGAAAAGUUCAGAUCCCCAUGUCAGAGGACAGGUAACAACACCAACCGGUUCUCCUCACCUGGCUGCCGUCCACCUGCCUUUACCUCCCAGCAGAGUCAUUGAAGAACUUCACAGGGCUCUGGCUACCAAACACCGGCAGGACAGCUUCCAUGGAAGAGAAAGCAAAGGCUCUCCAAAAAAAAGAGUGGAUGUCCGUCCACCCAGAACAUCUAGCAUUGAGCGCAACAAAGAAAAGGAGAACUCACUGAGUUACAGCAGUGAUUCAGAAAAUAAGUGGAACUCAGUUAAAGAGUCGGAUGAGAACAAAGAAAACAUGAUCAUGAACUCAGAACUCAAGGAAGACUCUGUUUUUUAUCAGGAUGAGGAAGUUUUGAAUGACUCCAUUAUUUCUGGUACUUUGCCAAGGAAAUGCAAGAAAGAACUGCUGGCAGUAAAACUACGAAACAGACCAAGUAAGCAGGAGCUGGAAGACAGAAAUAUUUUCCCAAGGAGGACAGAUGAGGAAAGACAGGAAAUCCGGCAGCAAAUUGAGAUGAAACUCUCAAAGCGACUCAGCCAAAGACCUGCUGUUGAGGAGCUAGAAAGAAGAAAUAUACUUAAACAACGAAAUGAUCAAACAGAACAGGAAGAAAGAAGGGAAAUCAAACAGAGACUGACCAGAAAGCUUAACCAGAGACCUACAGUUGAUGAACUGAGAGACAGAAAAAUCCUGAUUCGAUUCAGUGAUUAUGUGGAAGUGGCGAAAGCACAGGACUACGACAGGCGAGCGGAUAAACCGUGGACAAGACUAUCAGCAGCAGAUAAGGCAGCAAUUCGGAAAGAGCUAAAUGAAUACAAAAGCAAUGAGAUGGAGGUACAUGCGUCAAGCAAACAUUUGACAAGAUUUCACAGGCCAUAGAAAUUUUCUUCUGAGAAGAAUCUGUCUUUACUUUUUGAUAUUGCUGCUGAACACA